AUGCCAGCAAAAGAUGUACCCAUGAUCACCACCAUCACCGCCAACACCGCCAGUCGCCGACUCCUCGCCACGAUGCCCCCCUCCUCCAUCUCCAACGGCUCCGCUUCCGCCUCCUUCCCCGCGGACGCCUUUGCUAAUUGGUGCGCCGCCGAUACCGACUGCUCCCAAGCCGGCGAUCUGACCCUGUCACUGUCAUUCUACAUCGACGCCUCGCCCUUCACCUCCCUCACCCUCAACUGGCCGUAUGUGUUCAGCGGCUCCGGCGUGUCGGAGCUCCAGCUGGUUUCCGGGGUGGUGGAGCUGCAGCUGUCUAGCUCGUCUGGAUACACCGCAAGACAGGACGCACUCAUCUGCGAUGACGCCGCUACCGCAGCCAGCAGCGGCGUCAGCAGCUGCAUGGCAGUGCUGUCCAUGCCGCUGAACUCCUCAGGUGUGGACCCGGCCCGGUCGUUCGUAUGCCUGCGCCUCGAGCCAAGCGUGACGGGCAAUAGCUACCAGGCGUACGGCUAUCCGCCUGGCUCCAACGGCACCGCGCUGGACUUCACCAUCAUAAACAACACGAUGAAGUGCAGUACCAAUCGCUUCGGCAAACACAUCAUCAUGCAGUAUAAGGUAGCUAUGCCGUCGCCGCCGUCGCCGCCGUCGCCGCCGUCGCCGCCGCCACUCAGCGCGGUUGGUGCCACCUUCAAUUCGGAUGUUCGGUUACAGAUGCUGCUCCCCCUGUCGCUGGGUUUUGAAACCCUCAAGUCCAAUGGCACCCUCCUGGCGGGCCUUACGUCCUCCCUGGAGUCCACUCUGGCAGCCUACCUGGCCUCCGCCAAGUCCAACCUGCUGGCGCUGCCCGAUACUGCCAACAUCACCAGUGGAAUCCUCAAAAUUAGCCGAGAUUCAAACCGGACAAAGGAGGCCGUGGUGGUGGAUAUCCGGCUGGUGCUCCCCUCGGGCUCCACCGAGGGCCAGGUGACGGCGCUGAUGCGAUUGCUGGCACUCAACACCACAGGGGUGUUCAACGGCUCGCCGUACACCAGCUACUUCUCUUCGUCAGCCAACGUGUCGUACAUGUCGCAGAGCCCGCCCUCCGGUCUCAGCACGCGGGGCGUCAUCGCCGUCGCGCUGGCUGCCAUGGUAGUGACCCUGGUCCUGGUUGGAAUGGUGUACGGAUGCUACCGCUGGGUGUCGUACAUUGCAAUUUUACCCAAGCUCCUCCCUCUCCCACCCUUCCCCCUCCCCUCCCGCUUCCGCCUCUAUUUCACCUUGUCCUCCUACUUCUUCUUCUUCUUCCACCUCAUCAAUAUAAUCAUCACCAUUACCAACAUCAUCCCCACCUUCCUUACAGGGUUCUUCACCAGGAGGCCCCAGGGGCCGUGGGACAACACUGGCAUCGCUGUCGUACCGAGCAAGUCGGCGCGCCGGCGGAAAACCACGCAGGCCAAGCAAGACCCCCCGAUCGACAGCAACGGCAUCGGCUUGCUGCUGCCAUCAUCACCGCCGCAGCCGCCACCAGUGCAUUACACGGGACUGCCGGGCCAUCUACCACAGAGAAUUGUCUUCGAUGUCGCGACUCAACAAGGCGGCGCCACCCGCAUUCGGAAAGGGAUCUCUGCCGGCAACGCCCUGUCCAGUCGCAACCGAAGGGUGGUGCAAUUGCAUAAGCGGGUAACCACUCCGGCGUCCGCCAACAACACUCCGGGGUACGACAGUUGCGGCGGAGGUGGGACGAGCAGCCAUGACGUCGCUGCCUCCAGGACGAACAGCCUGCAUGGAGCUACCAGCCAGGGGGUGAUCCGUCAUGCCGUUGUCCUCAGCUUCGUGAUGGGGCUCUCGCAACAAUACCAGCAGCAAGAGCUGCAACAGCCGCAUCGAGCAGCAUCACCAAACAUCGCCAUCCCCACCGCCUCCGCGACCGCUACCGCUGUUGGCGCACACAAUAACGGGGGGCAUUGGUUGACGCCGCCGCUGCCCCCACAGCGAAUGCAGCAGUCACAUGCGUUCAGCCUGGAGCGCAGCACCCUGGUGGCGUCCAUGUCGUCAGGAAGUAUGAAGAGACGCGGCCGCACGCGAACUCCAUCAGGGUCUGGCCCCUGCGCCGUUGACCCUGGCGGCGGCGGCGGCGUCCCUCUGGCAUUUGUCGACGCAGAUGAUGUGUGUGAAAGCCGGGCCCCGGGGAAACACCCGCAGUCGCAGCAGCAGCAGCACCACCACCAACAACAACAGCACCUGGUACAGCGAUCCGCAGUCCCUCGGCAGCGAUUGCUCAAACCCACGUGGUCUGCUGUGCCAGAGUUAUCAGAGAGCCGGUACGGCAGUGGCGGUGGCGGUGGCAGUGGUGGCGGUGGUGAUGGUGGUGGGGAUGUUCUGCAUAGGGCCCCAAUGCAGGAAGUGGCGGAGGGCUUCAGGGCUCGCGAGAACAUGGUCCUGGAGGGCCUCACGCCCAUCGUGACGGCAGUCACGCUGUGCGGCCGGGGAGUCCUCUACCAAAACGGAACGCCCCUAGUAGUCCUGCGCUACGAUGCCACCGCAAGUGCGCUGCUAGGGCUGUCACUUCAAGCUCGAACGAUUUCUGAACGACGUUUGCAUCGAGGGGCGCGUCUGGAAAGCUUCAUUGAAUACGUCCACGCGUGCGUGCGCCUGUCCACCUUCCGCCUGCCUCUCAACCAACAUCGCCUCACCUCCCUGAACCCUGAUCCGUGCCUACAACCCUACCCCCCCAUGGCUCUGCCGCCACUGCCGCCGCUACCUGAAGUUACGUUGUCCGCGUCACUGAGCGGGGACAGCCCGGUCGUUUGCCUGCUGCCGCAUCUGGGCGCCGCUCCCAAACUGCCCCAGCCGCCGCCGAUGACAAAGACGCUGGCAGGGGGCCCGGCGGCUGCGGUGCCGCCCCCGCCAGAGCUCCCGGCCGCGGCGCUAUCGCGGCUUCUGCUGGCGCACUGCACGACCGUGGAUCGUGCCGGCAGCGAAGACGUGUUGUCGAGCUUGUUGAGUAUAGGGCAGCUGAUCAGCACCACGACGGACGUGACGGCGCUGGAGGCUGUGGGGGCCUUACACCAGAUGAGAAGUAUUGUGCUGGAGCCGGAAACCCUGGUGCCGCCGAGCCGCCGCACACUUAGGCGAUUGGGAGUCUCCAAUAGCAGUGGAGAACUCAAGCGGGGCCUGCAGAACUGUGUCGCGGUCAGCCCUGGCCAGGCCUCGAACUCCUUAUUUCAUUCGGUCCACGAUCUCCCUGCCGGGGAGGCUGCCUCCGCCGGCGUCAGGAGCCCACAGCAACAACCGCAGCCGCCGCAGUCGUCACUGGCACGCAAGAUGAUCGGCGCUGCGUUCCGCCGCAGUUCAGAUUUGGCGCUUCGGUAUGACAGAGUGUCGUCAAGCAGCACGACACGUAACGACACGACCCCACUCGGCUACCAUGGUGGUGGCGCCGGCGCCGCCGGCGCCACUGCAGCGGUUGCGGCGGAAGGCCUGGUCAGCCGUACGUUAUCCGCGGUGGUGCAUCACGGAUACCAGCGGCAGGCAGCCACAGCAACCGGCUCUGCGACCCCGCCGCGCCGCUGCUAUAGCCGUGUGGAGCUCGAAGCCCACAACAGCGCUGCUGGCCUCGGCCCGAGCCGCGUGCUUACCUUUGCCAGCACGCUGCGCAACACGCCCAGUGCCGUGCAACGGGCGCUUCAGUCAGCCAUUUCGGGAGGCAGUGUGGCGGCCGGUGUGACGUCACAAGCGCCUUCGCUAAUAGUUCCGGACACCCCAUCAGCGGCAUCGUCGCACAGCAACAUAAAUGGCUGGCAAUUGUCAUCACAAGCGAUGGCAGGCGGCUCCGUACGACCAUCCCGGGGCGGCAGUAAUGGCAACGCUGCGAUAUCCCCCCAGCAGCAGCAUCCGAUCGUAAGGCAGUCCGCACGUGUAUUCUCAGGUGGUCAGACGACCAAAAGCGAUAGACAAGCGUCAGCGGUGGCGAUUGCAGACACAGGGAGGUGGGGAUUUAGUUGCGGUGGUGAAGGCGGUGGAGGCGGUGGAGGCGGAGAUGGAGGGCGGCGGCUGCUGGCGGAGGUGGAGGGCGGGUACGCGAGUCAGGCGGGCAUCGAGGAGCUUCUGUUGUCAACGCAGAAAGCGGUUCGGCCCCGCCCGCGCACAGCGCCGCAGAGGGCAUUGAAUGAGGCCGCGGGGCGGGCGAUGGCAGCUGGCCGUGGCGGUGAGCAGCACGGGAAGCUGGGCGCCGCUGUCGCACCAGCAGCAGUAACAGCUCAGGGACGCAACGCCAGCAUAUUGGUACGGCAGGGGGUUGACAAUGGAAUAGAGGAGCUGCUGCGUGCGGAGGAGGACUGCGAAGUUGGCAGUGCUAGUUUCAACAGGCAAGAGGAGGGUAACUUCGAUGACGGCGACGCUGCAGAGACUUGUGAUGACGAUGAUGUACGGCAACUUCUUAUGUUGGAGGAGUGCAGUCCCGGGGGAAAUGUUGAUGUGGAAGUUUGCCCGGGGGAGCUAAUGGUGCCGCCGCUGGUGCCGCCGCUGGUGCCGCCGCUGGUGGCCCCUGCCGCGGCGGCAGCAACGAUGGCGACGACAGCUGCCGGCACCUGCUGGCAUGAGAUCUCGGCGAGUCGUGUCACGGAUCCCGUGACGGGCCAGUAUGCCAUCGUCAUGACGCAGACCGAUGUAACCGCCAAAGUGGAAGCGGAGCGCCAUAUCGCCUUUGUGACGGAGGCAGAGCACCGACUGUUGGAACAGAUCUUCCCUCGUCACGUGCUGACCUACAUGACCGAAGAGGGGGGUCCCUGGGGCGCCCCCAUGGAUCCGGACCCCACCCGCUGGCGACCCAUGGUUCGCGACAUAAACAAACUGGCCAUCUCACAUGAUCAGGUGACGCUGCUUUUCGCAGACAUACAAGGCUUCACACCCAUGUGCAACGUGUUGGAGCCUCGGGUGGUGAUGGCCUUCCUCAACGACCUGUUCACACGCUUCGACAGCCGGCUGGACGAGUUUGGGGUCUACAAGGUUGAGACCAUCGGCGACUGUUAUUUCGUGGCGGGCGGGCUGAUCCACCAGGACGAGUACGGCAUGCCCGCCGUACGCGCGAGAGACAGCCACGCCGACCCGGACCAUGCAGGAAGGGUUAUGAAUUUUGCCAAGGCCAUGAUUUCCGCGGCGGACCAGGUGCUGCUGCCCACCACGGGGACCCCUGUCCAGAUGCGCGUCGGCAUUCACAGCGGCCCGGUGGUCAGCGGAGUGGUCGGACAGCGCAUGCCCAGGUUCUGCCUGUUCGGCGAUACAGUGAAUACCACCUCCCGCAUGGAGAGCACGGGUGUGCCGGGGGCCAUCCACGCCUCAGAGGCGGCUUGGAGGCUGCUUAGAAACGAAUGCUGGGUGCCCACGGGCGGCGUUGAGGUGAAGGGCAAGGGCAUCAUGAACACCUAUCUGUGGAAGCCCCCACAUGCAGUUAAGAAGUUUAUGAUAUUACAGCAACGAACGGAAAAGUCUAUCCUAAAUCCUGGCAGUCUUUAUGUGCUUUACCCACCCUGGUCGUAUGUCGACAUGUGGAGCAGCGUGGCAUAA